GCAGUAUAACAAAGUCAUUAACCUAUUAUCGUGGAUGAUUUGUAAUCACGGUGGUAAUAGUCUCAUAUUUGAGAAGUUUUCAUGUUCGGAGUCUGCACCUGAUACACUUCGAAGUCUUAACUGCAUUUGUUGUCUGAUAUCUGUUAUUUUCGACCAGUCCUUGGAGCAUAAUAUCCGCCAGCAAUAUGCAAACAAGUUUUUAAACUUUAUUGAGGUCUCCAAUCUUCGCUGUGAAACUAUAAUCUGCAGUGAAAAGUUACUCGAUAAAUCUAUAAAUUCCAUCUUAAGGACUUCUACAGAACUUCUUGAGAAAGAUCAAUGCACUUUUACAGUUCUGAAAUGUUUGCUUCUUCUAGCUAGUCCUAAACUAAAGCUGAAGUAUCUGAGUUACACAUACUAUAAAGUUAUUUCAAAUAUUGACAAAAGUCAGGACUAUAUUUAUAACCUUAAGCUGUUUUGCGGUUUAUUGGACAAUCUCGCGGCUGCGAAUCCCGUGCUUCCAGACGUAAUCAAAAAUUAUAUUUUCGUAUUAAUUACUACCAUAUCUUCUUACCUGGAUUCAUCUUCAAUCUGUUACUUAAAUUGUCUUCUUAAACAUCUUCCAAGAAAGUGUUUUGAUUCAGUAAGAACCAGUUUCCGGAAAGUUGCAGAGUUAAUCCUAAGAAACAAGAGCAGGGACGUUGUGGAAACCGGGCUAGAUUGUUUGUUCAGAUUGUCUCUCUGCAAUCGAAGCUUUGUUGAUAUUUGCAAAUAUAAAGAGCUCCCGGUGGUUUUACGUGCUCUUUUAAAUUCUAACGAUGAUCAAAUUAAAGAAAUUACAUUUACAUUCAUUGAACUCCUGGUGAAUAAGUUUAAUGAUGGUGCGAUUAAAUUGGUUUGUACGUCUGGUGUCAUUGAACUUCUGUUUGAUAAUAUUUCUUUUAAAAACCCGUGUUUCAGAAACGUUUUAAAAUGCUUACAAAGAAUAGGUACAGAAGUAGAGCUGAUGUCUUCAAGUUAUGUACCACAUGGAAUUGGCCAAAUUGUAAAAGCCAUGGAUUCGAACCGUGACUACGAAAAUGAACUUUUGCCACGGCUUGUGGAGAUUACAAAUGGUUUCAUAAUGUACUAUAAUGGCCCACUAGACCUUUUUAUAUGCCCAUCAACUUUAGGAAAAUUUCUGGUGGCCAUUUCAGAUAUUAUGGAAGACUGCACAGUACAUUUGGGAAUAUUAGGAAUAACCUGUGUCACUAAUAUCUUCAAGUAUGGAAGAGGGACAGAAGUUAUGCCGAUUAAGGAACUCGAAAAAUUUCUAAAUUUUGUCGAACAUUUUGCAAGAAAACAAAUUUAUAAUUUUAGACACCUUAAGCAACCGAAUAACGAAUGUGUAAUCUCAAAUCCAGACAUGAAAAUAGAAGAAAAGUCCUUGUGUAUUUUAUUAUCAACUUUACUGAGUUUGUUACGGGAAAUACACACCUUCCUGUAUACAAACAAAAGGAUCCCAAUAAAAGUUCCUGAAAUCAUUAUGGAAAUCGAAUAUUCUCUCACGUAUAUAUUUUUUUCUGUAGUGAUGAAUUUAGUGUCUCAAUUAAUCUCUAAAAAUGUUACUGUGGAGGAUUUGUUAUCCGUGCUAAAAAUAACAACAAUGUAUGCUUAUGGUAUAUGCUCAGACAUUUCAGUGAAGGAGAUUACCAAUAUUUGUGGCAGGGUAUUUGAGCAGUUUCAUACCUUUAAAAACUGUAUUUCGAAGGCUCUAAAAGACAAAAUUUACGAAAGUUUCACUUUGCUUCUUCCACUGUUUUACAAGAUUUGCUUUUUGACUAGUAAUGAGAACAUCAAAACAGCUUUGUGUUCAUCUGGCUACCAUACACUUAACGAUAAAAAGCGGGAUGUCAGCCUCAGUUUUUGUUCCACAUUUUUCUCGAGAGAAAUUUUGCUAGCUGUGAUGACAGUCAACUCCAGUAUAUUUAACAAUCUUAGUAUUCCGUAUCUAUCAGGGGGCAAACAUUUAGAUGACGUCCUAAAGAAAGAUGAAUUUAAAACUUGGAUUUCUACUUUAAUUCGUGGAUUUAAAUAUUUUACGAGUGUGAAUUUUGAGUGUCUUGAAAAAUACAUGGAGUUAAGUAUACAAGGACAAGAAUUUAUUGAUAUUUCUGCCUCAGCAAUAUCCAUUAUAUGCGUCCUAAUCAAUCGUAAUAUCAAACAUAUUAAAACAUUGCAGAAGUUCCCUUUGGUUGAAGAUGAAAAUCAUGAGGCAUUUAGGAAUUAUGUUAUUUUCCCAAGCAAAACUUUAAAGCGAAUAAUUCAUUUUCCCACUAAGGCAGGAGUCAACUUCUUUCUUCUGAUUUCUGUUUUAAUCACCGUAGAAUUUCUCAUCACAUAUACGUGUUUGCCGAAAUUCUGGGAUUUUUUCGAUAAUUCAGUGAUCACCGAUGAGUAUAAUAAAGGUUUAGAUAUUUUAUCUUUAGCACUGUUUGAUCGUCUACAGCCUGUACACACUCUGGUUCUAUUGCGCACUCCACGAUUUUCUACUUACUUAGAAAAUUGCAGUCCCUGUUGGAUCAAAAUGGCCCAAAAAAUUAUACUACAGUGCCACAGUGAUGAACUAUUGAUUGAGGAACAAGUAUUUUCCCUACUUCCCACAACUUACAUCUUGUUGUCCAAUACUUGGACAGUAUGGUACAACAAUUUGAUGAAAUUCGACAAUGCGGAUGUCCUUCAGCGUUUAGUUCUAACUUUCGAAAUACAAACACUCAGCUUAAAGGAAAAGGAUGGAUCGGUAGAAACUAGUUAUUCUUCUGUUCAGAGAAAACAGUUAGCACUUUAUAUUUGUGAUUGUCUCUCAGUACUGCCAAAUAACCUUCCGGGAUCGUUUCUAGACGUCUUCACUUCUAACUAUGAGCUGAAAUAUGCGUAUGUGAAAAUGUUAAAAAUAACCUGCUUGUUUCUACACGAAGUCUUCCUUCAUUCUCAGUUUGUUGUCAUGGUGGCACAACAAAUUAUUAGACUUUUAGCGAAUGAACGAUUCGAUCCUAAUUCUUCACUUCGAAAUGAUCUUCUCGAGAUCAUAUUACACAUUUUGAUGAAUUCUGAUAAUAAUACACAAGUACAAAUUGUAAAACUGCUAUGUUCAGAAAUCCAAACCUGGGAAAGUUGUAUUUUCCGCUUUUCGAAGGAGACUUCCAAAAGUUCUGCAGCUGAUCGUUUGAAAAUACAUACUGAAGAGUUUCAAAUCACAGCUGCAGAAUUGGACUCCAUUCUAGGGAUUGGCGCCUCAAUAAAUAUUUGUACAAAACAUUUAUUAGUCAAUAAUGAUAUUGUUGACUCUGUUAGUAACUUACUGUUUAUGAAUCCAGAAACAAUUUUAGAAAUUUUGAGUCACAAUCCAGUAACAAGUGGAUCUCCUUUCAUUCAGACCAGUGCACUUGUUUGUUUAUUGGAAUCAUUUUACGGACCACUGUCUCAUCUUUUGUGGCCGGAUAUAUCUGAAAACUCGAACGAGAACUAUUACUGUGAACUUUUCAUGUGCUUGAAUACUAAAAUCAUGGACAUAACCCACAGAUUUAUUCAAGAACUGUCAAUCGAAGUGUAUGGUUGUCUGAUUAAAUAUAUCUGUUUAACUACCAAAAAACAAUCAUUUAUCAAUAUGUUCUUAUUGACUAGUCCAUGGAGUAAUAUUAUUCUUGAACAUUUACAAAUAGAUGGUUCAGUAAAUAAUAUUGAAAACUUGUCAUCUUUCCUUGCUUUUGCCAACGUGGUAGGUAUUUCUACGUUUUACACCACAUAACCUUAGCUACUAUCCACGAAAUGUCCUGCAAUUUGUUCAAUUAUCAAUAAAAAUCAGUUGCGGGAAUUAUUACUAGCUUAUAUACAUGAUAAGGAUUUGUAUGACUCAAUUACGAAGACUUAUUUAGGAAGUAUAUGUCUAAAGGUCGCUUCUCCAGACUUUGAAGUUCUAGGUUUCAGGGAGCGGUUAUGCUUAGAAGUUAUGAUUGCAUCAGACAAUUUGCAACCUACUCUCAGUAUUUCAAAUCGCUUUAAUUUGUUCUAUAAAGAAAUAUUUUGUUUAUGAACAUUGAGACUUAUGAGUUUGUUAUAUAGCCUCAAAGAUUAUAUCAUUAGUAAAUAAAACGUGUUUCUCGGC